AUGGAUGAUAUGGAACGAAUGAUGCACCAAGCAUCGAGAGCGGGUGGCAUGGGUCGAGGAGACCAAACUGUCCCGGAUAAUGGAGAGGUCAUUCACAUAUCCUCUUUGGCCCUCCUGAAGAUGUUGAAGCAUGGGCGGGCAGGUGUGCCAAUGGAGGUCAUGGGCCUAAUGCUUGGGGAAUUUGUGGACGAAUAUACUGUCCAAGUGAUCGAUGUCUUCGCUAUGCCUCAGUCAGGGACUACGGUAACAGUUGAAUCUGUGGAUCACGUCUUUCAAACCAAGAUGGUGGAUAUGUUGAAACAGACUGGGCGACCUGAAGCAGUCGUCGGCUGGUACCAUUCUCACCCUGGUUUUGGAUGCUGGUUAUCUAGCGUGGAUAUCAAUACUCAGCAAUCGUUCGAAUCCUUGGACCCAAGAUCAGUCGCUGUUGUCAUUGACCCCAUUCAGUCGGUCAAAGGGAAAGUAGUCAUUGAUGCUUUCCGUCUCAUCAAUCCUCACACCGUCAUUUCUGGGAGGGAACCACGGCAGACGACAUCUAACAUUGGCCACAUCAAUAAGCCGUCAAUACAAGCCCUGAUCCAUGGCCUUAACAGACACUAUUAUUCCAUUGCUGUGAACUAUAGAAAGACAGAGCUUGAACAAUCUAUGUUGAUGAACCUGCACAAGCGCAAUUGGACAGAGGGUCUGAAACUUCGCGACUUCAAUGUGCAUAAAGAGGGUAAUGAGGCGGCGAUUAAGUCAAUGCUGUCCCUUUCAGAAGCAUACAACAAAUCGGUCCAGGAAGAGUCGACUCUUACAGCCGAGCAACUGAAAACGCGGCACGUGGGAAAACAGGACCCAAAGCGACACUUGGAGGAAGCUGUUGAGAAAGCCAUGGGUGACCAGGUCGUUCAAAAUCUGGGUACGAUGCUGUUGGCAGAACUUUAG